AUGCGGAAGGCCGGAGACGCGAACGAGGCAGCGUCGGAGGAGACCGUGGUAGCAGAGGUCACCGCGCAGCCGCACGGCGCCGUGCUCGUGCUAGACGAGAAGUCGCGCAAGGUGGUGGCGGCGAGCGAGAACGUGCUGCUCUUUAUUCCAGACGUGCGCGCGGCGGGCGGAGUGGUGUCGGAGCACGAGGGCGCGUCCGCGGUCAUAGGGCGCCACCUUAGCGAUGUCUUCACCACCUCUCAGACACUGUCGGACCUGGAGGCGUUGGUUCGGCGCACAACGGCGCACAGCGCGAGCGCGUGCCAGAUCAGCGGGCCGCGCCCGGGGCAGUCGUACUGCGUGUCGGCGUGCCGCACGGGCGCGGGGGUGGUGCUGAGCGUGGAAGACGACAACGAGCAAGGUGCCCUGUUCAAGCCAGUGGCGGGAAAGCGGAUUGCUAUUAGCGGGAUAGCGGACUUUUCCUCCGGACACCGCCCCCACAUCCCCACCUCUCUCCCCCUCUCUCUCCUGCGCCCGUUCCAUUCCUCGCGCGCAGACUUACAGGAGGUCGACGUGCCUCCUCCGUUAUCGGCGGCGGGAGGGCCGAGCACGGCGUCGGCGGCGCCGUCGCUGCCGUUCCACCAGCUGGCUCGGCGCGCCAUCGACCGCAUGCAGAGCAUCAACAGCGUGUCGCCGCACGUGCACGCCUUCUGCGACGCGGCCGCGCAGGAGCUGCGCACGCUGACGGGGUACGACCGCGUCAUGAUCGCGCACAUCACGGACGAAGCCUGCUGCAAGAUCAUAGCGGAGUCGUGUGUGAGCGAGCUCACAUCGUUCCGCGGAAAGCACUUUCCUCUGCCGCCCGUUCCCAAGAUCUGGACGGACGAGGCGAUCAAGCAGCACAUCCCCAUGCGCUUCAUCUAUGACACGUCAGCAGGGCAAGUGCCCAUUCGCCACGUGGCCUCCCUAUCCACCCCGCCCGAUCUCAGCCUCUCCCCACUCUCAGGCGUGGAGAGCGCGCAGAGGCAGCUGCUACGCGCGAUGGGCGUGUGCGCGGUGCUGCUGAUGCCACUGGCGCUGCACGUGGGAGAGCGCCACGUGCUGUGGGGCUUUGUGAUCUUCCACCACUACAACCGCCCCUGGACCGUCACCUGCGCCCACCGCGCCGCCUGCACCUUCAUUGUGCAGGCCCUGCGGGCGCACCUAGCAACGCGGGUGAAGAGUGAGGAGCGCGCGGAGCGGCGGCGGCAGGAGGCGAUGCAGACGAGCAUCUGUGACCGGCUGACGUACCAGGUGGCGCCGUCCCUCGUCACCGAAAGCCCCUCCAUCAUGGACCUCGUGCCAUGUGACGGAGUGGCAUACGUGCACACGGAGAGGGCGCAGGUGGUCACCUUUGGCACAUGCCCCACAGACGACCAGGUGCUGGGCAUGGUGGCGUGGAUGCAGAGCUCAUCCCGUCUGUGCGUGACCAAGCCUGUGUUUGCGCCGCUGGUGUCCUCCUCCGCGCGACCAGGCGACUGGGGCCCCGCGUGGGCGCUGCACUGCACCGUGGCCGCGGCUGCCAUCGCCGAUGCCGACGUGCUGCUCUGGUUCCGCCAACGUCAGCCAGCAGCGCCAUCCGGACUGGGUGUGUUGGAGCCGCUCACAGCAGGCACUAAUACAACCCUCUCACCGCCCCUCUCUCCGUGUGCCCCUCUCUCCGUGUGCCCCUCCCCCCGUGUGCCCCUCCCCCCGUGUGCCCCUCCCCCCGUAUGCCCCUCCCACCAUGCGCCCCCCUCACCCGUGCGCCGCUCUCUGUGUGUGGCAGGGCAGCAGCGCCAUCUGGACUGGGCGUGGACGGAGCCGCUCACAGCAGGGGCGCCACAGUGCGGCACGGGCAAGGGCGGCAAGGGGGGCGGCGAGAGGAGCAAGGGGGGCGGCGAGGGCAGCGAGAGCGCAGGGGCGUGGGGCGAGGCUGGCAGGGAUGAGGGCAUGCUGCUGGCCAUGCAGCCCGCUGGGUGGACCCAGUCCGAGGUGGUUGCAGUGGAGGGGCUACAGCGCAUGGCGUACGACGCGCUAAGGGGCAACAGCGAGCCCAUGAAGACCAUGAUCCUCGUGCGGUUGAACGAGGAGAGGCUGAGGGCGAUGCAGGACCUGGCGAUAGUGGCUCGCGACCUGGGGCGAAUGAUGGACAUCGCACACACGCCCAUCCUUGCUGUGGCCCGCGACGGCCGCAUCACCGAGUGGAACCAGCGCCUCGCGCACCUCACCCGCCGCCCCAAGGCGUCGGUGGUGGGGCAGCUGCUGUCGUCGGUGGUGUGUGCGGGCAGCAUGCAGCAGCUGCAGGCGCGGCUGGAGCAGGUGAUGGCGGGCAAGGGGCAGGCACAGGAGCACGUGGAGAUCCUGCUGCGCUGCCCGCCCAAGGGCAAACCCGCACGCACGCCCAGCGCACGGGGCGGGAAGGGGCAGGGGAACGGCAGCGAGGGGGACGGGGGUGGGGAGGAGGACGACGAAGACGAGGAGGAGGAGGUGGGGAAAGAGGGGAAGGAGGAGGGCGAGGAGGAGGAAGAAGAAGAGGAGGAGGUGAUGGUGCUGAUGGCUACGGUGUCCCCGCAGCGGGACGGGCUGAAUGAGAUCGUGGGGGCGACGAUGAUCGGGCAGGAUGUGACGGAGCAGCGGCGCACCAUGCAGCAGUGGGCGGAGAACGAGACGCGCGCCGUGCCCAGCGACUAUGAGCAGAUACUGGACAAGGCCAGCAUGCCCAUCUGGGCUGUUGACAAGGACGGAAGGAUUGUGGAGUGGAAUGCGUCCAUGGCUAAGACGAGCGGCAUAAGCAAGGAGCAGGCAGUGGGGAAGCGCAUAAUGGGCGACCUGGUGGGGGACGAGCGCGUGCUCAUGGUGCCCGACAGCGACACGCUGCUCUCCCUCGACUUCGCCAUCCACCGCGCCCUCGCCGGCCACCGCACGCCCACGCUCAACUUCCGCUUCGUCAACCACGAGGGCCGCCAGGUCGAGUCUGUGAUCAGCAUGCGCGCAUGCCAUGACCCCCAGGAUGGGGACGGCGCGGAUGGGGGAGGAGGCGCGGGGAAGGGGUCCCGCGUGCUGUGCUUCAUGCAGGACGUGACCAUGCGCAAGGCUGUGGAAAAAGCCAUGGUGGUGCGGCAUGCGGCCGAGGCGGCUGAGGAUGCAAAAUCCCGGCACCUGGCGUUCCUGUGCCACGAGAUUCGCAACCCGCUGAACGGGAUUCUCGGGAAUAUUACCUUCAUGGAGGACACGCGGCUGUCGGAGGAGCAGCAGGAGCUGGUGGAAACCACCGCGACGUGCGGUUACCAGCUGAGGAAGAUCGUCGAAGACGUGCUGGAUAUGAGUCAGAUACAGGAGGGGAGGAUAGAGCUGGAGAGGCACGAGUUGAACCUGCCGAGGAUAGUGAACGCCGUGGUGAGCCAGGUGGGGCUGGCGGCAGCCAAGAAGGGCCUGCAGCUGUACGCGAACAUCGACCCGCGCUGUAAUGACGUGCGCCCGCUGGGAGACGCUCCCAGGCUGCAGCAGAUCCUAUCCAACUUCGCAUGGAACGCCAUCAAGUUCACGCAUGCUGGAUGGGUGGAGAUAGGAAUCGCCAUGCACCCCAGCCACCUCCCCUCGCCCUCCUCCUCCUCCUCCCUAACCGCUCUCUCCAAGGCUGCAGCCGGCGCAAGCGGCAAGGGCAAGGCGGGGAGCAGCAGCGGGGGCGGGGGAGGCGAGGGCGCGGAGGGAGAGGAGGAGAGCGCGCGGUUUGUGUUCCGAGUGGCGGACUCGGGCGAGGGCAUCCCGGAGAGUCUGAAACAGCGGCUCUUUGAGCAGUUCGCCACGGGCCGCAAGUCCGCCUCCAGCCAGUAUGGUGGCACAGGGCUAGGCCUGUCAAUCUGCCAGCAGCUAGCGUCGCUGAUGGGGGGGGAGAUCAAGUGCACGUCGGAGGUGGGCAAGGGCUCUAUUUUCUCCCUAGAGGUGCAACUGCACCUGCUCCCCCCCCACACCCACACUGCUGCUGCUGCCACCACUCCAAGAGGCCUGCUCGCGCCCCCUUCCCCCCCGUCCUCCUCCGCCUCAUCCCCUCCGCCCUCCCCCUCCGCCACCAGCCCCCUGGCUCUGCCUCCGCUCCCCCCUCCCCCCUCCCAAGCCCCUGGCUCUGCUACUCUGGGCGCAGGCGCGGGUGUGGGUGAGGGGGCGGGCAGUGCGGUAGGGCAGGCGCGGGGGCAGGCAGAGGGGGAAGCAGUGCGGCAGCAAGGGGGGAUGGGGGCGCGCAGAGGGGGAGUGGCGGAGGGAGGUAGUGGGGAGCAGGGUGGGGGUGAUGCGGGGAUGGCAGUGCAGGGAGCAGGGAGGGAUGGGGGUAGGCCUGAUGCGGAGCAGCACAGGGGAGGGAACCGCGAGGGGAGGGGAACGGGCGAGUCCGGGUGGAAGGUGCGGCAGCAGCAGCAGCAGCAGCAGCAGCAGCAGCAGCAGCAGCAGCAGCAGCAGCAGCAGCAGCAGCAGCAGCAGGAUGAGGGGAGGGAGGAGGUGGGCUUUGAGAGAGCAUUGGAGCACAGGGGAGGAGUGGCAAGGGGUGGGGAGUUAAGCACCCAGUUGACUAGUGGGGGGCCUGCAGCAGCAGCCACGCACAGCAGCGGCCAGAUGGAUACAGCAGCACGGGCAGUGGCGUCGGUGGUGACAGGGGGAAGGGGAGGAGGAGGAAAGGAAGGAGAGUAUGUGUGUGGAGAAGGAGAGGGAGGAGGGGGAGCAGGAGGAGGAGGAAGGGGGGAAGAGGGGAAGGGGGGUGGUGAGUUUCGUGAGCCGUCGUUCCAGUCAGGAGAGGCAACGUCAUCAGAGGGACCCGCAGCGCACAUGCUGCACACACUCCUGCUCAACUCCCGCCUCCAUAAAUCAUCCCCCUCACUCCGCCCGCCCCCGGCGGCAACCUCUCCUCUCAAGCGCAGCCCAUCCACCUCCUCUCCUGCUGCCGCCCCCCCUGCACACCCCACCAUCCAUUCCUCCUCCUCCUCGCCCUCUCUGCCCUCUUUACCCUCCCUCUCCUGCUCCGCACCCCCCAACUCUUCCGCUCCCACCAUCCCCCCUUCUCCCCGCCCUCCCUGUCCCUCCGCCCCGCGCUCCCCCUGCCGCCCGCCCACACCAGGCAGGGGAGUGGUGCAGAGAGGGGGUGCGGGAGGGAGCAGCUUGGCAGGUGCAGCGGGCACAACAGGUACGCGAAUCAGUGGGAGCAGUGGUUUGGAAACAGGCCGCCAGCAGCAGCAGCAGCAGCAGUCACAGGAGCAGCAGCAGCAACAGCCACGGCAGCAGCAGCAGCAGCAGCAAGAGGAACAGCAAGCACCACAGCAGCAGCGUUGGCAGCAGGGGCUUCCUGGAUUGGCAGUUGUGGUGGAGCAGGGGUAUGAUGAAACGCACACCACGCCUUUCCAUCGCACUGCUCCGCAUGGCUCCUCUCCUGCUUCUUCCUCUGCUGCUGCUGCUGCCACUGCUGGCGGUGGUGGCAGUUUCAGUGAAGCGGGUCCAGCAAGGGAUUUGCCUGGGGGAUUCAACAUUGAUGCACUCACAUCAGGCACCCAAUCCGAUCCCAGCAACCCUUGGACCUUCGACCACACCAGUCAGCAGCACCACAGCCACUACCCGCCACUGCCCCGAGCCGGCACCCCAUCUCCCCGCCAAAUGGCCGCCUCGCCCGAAGCCAUGCGCGCUGACUCACUGCUGAGUCAGCUGCCGUCCUCGGUGUUCCACCUGGCGCGGCCGGCUCUGAGGGAGCGAAUGGCGGCCUCGUCCAAUGGCGGCAUCCCCACUCGCUCCUUCACCGAUCCUUCCCGGCGCUCCUUCCCCCCCCGCUACCCCCCGCCCGAUGCCCCCCCUGCUGCUGCAGCCGACGGUGCUGCUGGUGCCGGUGGCAGCAGCAGCAGCGGUGCUGGUGGCAUUCUGCAGAGGUCGCUGUCAUCUCCUUUAUCUGGUGCACCAGCCGCCGUCCGUGGCAGUGCGUCAGCAGCAGCAGCGCACUCACACCAUGCCGCCGCGUCGCUGAUUGCCCCGCCUCCUGCCAGCAGGCCCAUGGCAGCAUGUGCGGAUGGGAGUGUGGAGGGACUGGGUGACGGAACGAGUGCAGGGCUGCAGGGAGCUUUUGCUGGCUAUGCACGAUCAUCUGCUGCCCUCACAGGCGUGGCCCCAGCUGCUUCGCACCAGCAGCAGCAGCAGCAGCAGCAAGUGCAAGCAUUUGUGGUCCCGUCAGCAGUGCAACAACCCGCGCACACAACCCUCCCUCUCUCCCCGUACAUACCUUCCUCUCCCACGCCACCAGGAGCAGCAGCAGCAGCAGUAUCGCCAUCAGGUUCGUCAGCACCAAGUGCAGCAGGCGCAGGGUCCGGGGCAGGAGGCAGUGCUGCAAUCGUGCAAGCAGCGGCAGCAGCAGCAGGCAUGGUGACUGCAGCAGCCACGGCCGUGGCAGCAGCAUCGGUAGCAGCAGAGGCAUCCACUCGGCAAGCAGCAGGCGCAGACGGCGCAGUGGAAGGGGCGUCUAUCAUAGAUGCGAUGAGGAGGUGCAUGAAAGGGGAAUGGAGUUUCCAUGUGGUGAGGGAGGUGGUGGCUAGUGAUGCUGUGGCAGUGUUGGUAGAGCUGACAGUGGGGACUACCGUGCGGCAGCAGUGGGGCGCCAUGCCCUGCCCGGCCCCCAUCACGCCCGCCCUCAUGCUCCCCGCUGCCACCUCGCAAGCUCUCUCCGCUGCUGCUGCUCUCUUUGGGGUUUCUCUGGGUGGUGUGCAGGGGGGCCGGGAUGUGGGGCGGGGAGGGGAGGAGGAGGAAGGAAGGGAUGAAGGGGGGCCGGGAUGGGGGAGGAGCAAGGGGAGGAAGGGGAAGGAGAGGCAGGAGGAAGGGGUGUGUGUGCGUAGGAAGGGGAGGAGUGGGAGUGGGAGUGGGAGGAGGGAGUUGGGGAUAGGAGGGCUAGAGAGUGUCACAGAGGAGGGCUGGGUGGGAGCAGAGGAGGGGCAGGGGCAGCAGGUAGGGGAAAAGGGAGGCCGGCCGACAGCCGGGCCCAGCCGGCAGCAACAGUGGCAUGCCCCACCAGAUCCUGACAGCUGGCAGCCGCCCAGUAGGUACAGUGUGGGGCAGGGUGGCGGAGGAAAGGGUGUGCGUGUGCCUGGGUCUAGCAUGGUCCGAGUGCGUUCCGCCCCUUCCCUCUCCCUGCUCGCCUGCCCUCCCUCCCCUUCCACUCCCGGCCCUUCCCCUGUCGGUCCCUCCCCCUUGGGCCGCUCCCCUGCUGCCAAGCCUCUGAUGAAUGGAGCCAUGGGGUUCGGGAGCAGGCGUGGGGCAUUGACGCAAGGGGGGAUGGUGGGGGAAGGACAGGCUUCUACACUCAGAGUGUCCUCUCAGCCUCACUCACCCCCAUCCUUUUCCUCCUCUUCUUCCACCUCCUCCUCCUCCUCCUCGUCCGCCUCCUCUUCCCAGUCGUCCCCUCGGCAUCUGUCUCACGCUCUCUUGCGUGCUCUGAAGCCGAACCCCGGCGCGCUAUCCGCAUCACCCCUUGCUGCUGCCACGACUGCAGGAGGGUUAGCAGGGGGGACGACAGGGGCAGGAGGGACAGCAGGAGCAGGGGGGGCAGCAACGGCAGGGGGGACAGCAGCAGGGAGCUCUCCAUACUUUUCCCGAGAAGCAUCGAAGCUCAUGGGCGCUUUGAACCUGUCCCUGCACAAAGCAACCACUGCUCCUGCUGCUCUCCCCGCGCCCGCCCAGCAAGAACCCUUUCCAAGCUCUUGGAACGGCACAGGAGCAGCACGAGGGCCCACGGGCUCUCCUGGCCCUGGGUUCUCGCACAUGCCUCGCCUGCAGCCCGCUGCGUCCCUCCCGUCCUCCUCCUCCGUCACCUCCCAUCCACGCAAGCGCGCAUCGGACCUUUUCUCCAUGCCCACUCCCCCCCCGUCUGUGCAGCCGCAGAGAGACACUCAGCAUGCAGCAGCACCACCAGCAGCAGCAGGAGCAGCAGGAGCAGCGCUGGGAGCAAUGGGAACACAAGGGGCAGAGGUGGAGGGUGGGGCAGUGGCAAGGGAGGUGCUUGGUGCGGUGGAAGUGGGCAGGGGAGGUGACGUCAUCAGGCAGGCAGAUUUUGGGCCGAGUCACGGGGCAAGGCAGGCUGGUGGAUCGGGCGAGGCGAGUGAGAAGGAGUAUAAGGUGCUGGUCAUUGAUGAUGAGCCUGUCAACAUACGGGUGGUCAGGCGCACUCUUGAAAGGGCGCAGUUUGAGGUGGUGGCGGGGUCUGAUGGCACGGACGCCGUGGAGCGAGUCAUCAAGUGCGGAGAGCGCUUCGAUGCCCUGCUGCUCGAUGAGAGGUCUCUGCAUGCUGCUGCAGGCACAUGUGCUCCUCAUCCCACCAAAGCACUCAUUCCACAUGCACUUGCUGCAUCGUCCUGCUCUCUCUCCUUCACAUCCUGCUCUCUGCCCCAUGCACAGGCAGCAGCCUAG